AUGUCUACCAAAAGGAUUGAGCAAUGGGAGGUUGAGCGAUACUGGGAGAUUUUCGCUUCAUUGGCAAAUGGCCAAAAACAUCUCAACAGCUCCCAAGCUGCCUCUGUGCUGAGGAACAGCAGGCUGCGCGAUGAUCAGCUCGAGAAGGUCUGGGAUAUCGCCGAUGUCGACGGCGACGGAGAGCUCGACUUCGAGGAGUUCUGUGUUGCGAUGCGCUUAGUGUUCGAUCUGGUCAAUGGUGAACUACAAGAAGUCCCCAACGUCCUACCAGACUGGCUAGUCCCAGAGUCCAAAUCACAUCUCGUCCAUGCGACCCGGGCACUAAACACUGGACACGAGCAGUUCGAACGGAUAGAAGAUGAGGACGACUCUCUCGGAUUGAAAGACGGCUUCGACUGGUACAUGAAGCCCAACGACAAGAACAAGUAUACCGAUAUCUACGACGCCAACCGGAAUGCGCGCGGCCAAAUAGAAUUCCAACAAUUACAACCACUCUACGACUCACUCGACGUCCCCGACACCGAUAUCCGCUCCGCCUGGAACCUGGUCAACCCCUCCGCAUCACCCGCAAUCAACAAAGAUGCCACGCUUGCUUUCCUGCAUAUCCUGAAUUACCGCCACGAGGGCUUCCGCAUCCCGCGCACGAUCCCCGCAUCGCUGCGCGCUUCUUUCGAGAACAACCAAAUCGACUACCAAGUUGACAAAGCGGCGCCCGCACAGCGCUACGGCAUGGACGGCGAGACGGAAACACGGACAGGCCGCAAGGCCAAGUUCGGCGAUACCUACCUUAGCCGUCUGGGCGUUGGUGGUAAGAGCUCGUACCAGCCCAAGGGGACGGAUUUCAGCGAUACGAUCCAGGAUGAGGAGUGGGAGAAGGUGCGGCUGCGUCGCGAGUUAUCAGAGCUGGAGGCGAAAUUAAACUCUGCGAAUAAAGCCUCCGGUUCCAGGCGGGAUGGGCCGCGAGCCGAUGGUCGGCCGAAUUGGGUUCUUAUCAAGAAGGAGGCGCUCUCGCUGUUGGAGUAUAAGGAGCGGGAGUUGCGCGAGUUGCGCGAGGGCACCGGUCGUGCUAAGGAUGGUCAGGAUCUGGAGCGACUUCGAGAGGAUGUCAAGGCCGUUGGGGAACAGGUGGAUGGGUUGAAGGCUCACAUGGCACAACGGCAUGAUGUCCUUUCAGACCUUCGUCGCCAGAUCGAGGAUGAGAAGGCUCGGCGGUGA